CAUUCUCUUGCAUUCUUUUAGGAAAGGGCGGAUGCCGGAUUAGACCUUCGGAAAGACGAUGGAAAUCCUUAAAAGUUGCGACUCGUGUAAGGCGCGCAAAGUUCGAUGUAACGGAUACCCCGGCCCAUGCCAAAACUGCAUUCGCCGGAAAGCACAAUGCCAUUUCAGCCGUAGAAAGAUACCCCAAAGACGGAAUGUGAAUACCAUCCUCACAACGCCUUCGUCUCCAUGUGGUGAAUCUCCAAGCACCCCUCAGAUUACUGAGAAUAAGCCGCGGUGUCCGCUACCUGAAUUGUAUGUCGAUCGUCUGUUAUCCCAGGCCCGGACGGCCGGGGCUCUUGGAAAUGAGAAACCGUUCUCCGUGAAGGGAAUCGGACUUGUCAUUGGAAACGCUAGUUUAACGUUCUUCUCUGACAAUCGAUUGCUGUAUUUAUCAUCCCGUCUACGAAACGACAGAGUAAGGGAGUUGAUUCAAAGGAUAUCGGCUGUGAUUGGUGUUCGGCUUGGUCAGCAUGCUGAUGUGGUACCGUCAAAUUCCCUAGGGGGUACCAAAGGAAGCCAGAAAGAUAUUUUCACGUUCACCGAUAGAACCGAAGCAAACGCCCAUAUAAAAUUAUACUUCGAGCGGGUUCAUCCUCUCUAUCCUUUUCUUGACCAGAGCGAAUUUGAAGCAAUGGCAUUCAGCCCUGACUUUCCCGGUCGUAUUGCACAGAAUAAAGCACUGUACGCUCUAUACCACGCUGUUGUUGCCCUAGGAUGCCAGGCUGGUACUGGAGGCAGAUUUGAGCCGGGUAAGGGGAGGGCCUGGCAAUAUCUGUCAAGGGCGCUCGCAAUCUUUCCCGACCUUUUCGCACUCCCCGAUUCUCUAGAUGUCCUUCAGGCGAUGACUGCUAUUACUGUAUAUUCACUCAACAUAUCUUGCAUAGCAAUUGAACACUUCAUACUGUCUGAGGCAUCAAGAAGGGCGCAGAAUCUCGGCCGCGCCAACUUAUCAGGCAAGGCACGUACUAGCUAUCAUAGAGCCUUUUGGCUUCUCUACACUAUUGAGAAGAUAACCAAUUUCCAUUUUGGGAGAAAUUCUAUAUUUGUCGAUCAUGAUAUCGUCAUUCCCAUUCCGUCGGUACCAGAUGCAAUUAUGGGAGAGUUGGACUGGUUCCUCGUAACUGCGAGGUAUGCCCGUUUGCUAUCAAAGGCUAUGGCUUCGCUCUUCUCGAUUGCCGGGACGGACGAUCCAAAGACCUAUUACCUCUCUAUCAUAGACCAAUGCGAAGCUGAACUAGAGCAAUGGAGGAUGUCAAUACCUGAUGAGAUUAGGCCAGGAAAGCUGUACCAGACGCAUAGGAUACAAAGUACGAUGCUCCGAUUGGUCGCUCUUCGGAUUCACCUAUUAUACAAUAGUUUUAAGCUGAGCCUUUGUCGAGCGACGUUGCAUCUGGCUGCGAACACAAGUCACGUUGUGAGCCAAGCCCGUCAAGCUGAAAGCACGCGAGCUAUGAUGGAUACAUCGCGCCAGGUGUUGGAGUUGACGGCUUUUAUCGACGUCGAACCAAAUACACCUCUUUGGAUUAUGGCGGGGAUCCCAGUCGUAGCUCUCUUCAUAUUGUUCGAUCUAGUGGUCACGAAUCCGAAGCACGCCGGAACGGGAACGAAUCUGGCUCUUCUUGAUAUGGCCGGGGGUCACUUCAGCAGAAUCGAAUAUGCAAGUGGCGGCAGUCUACCAGGCUCACUCAUCGGGGAAUUUGCGCACAUUGCUCGAGAAUAUGUGAAUAAUGUGAAGAACGAGGACGCGACGAAUCCGUCUGUUGACAAGCAGUCGUUAACAUUGCUGAAGUCACCUCCUACAACUUUCAGCACAAUUAACCGGCCUGGGCCUCAAGCAAUUGGCGAUACCAAGCUCGCCACUGCUGUUAGCUCUCCUCCCCUUCUUAGGCCGACACAGAUGUCAGAUAGUCUUAGUUUCGAUGGUGAUAUUACCCUACCGCUUGACGAUACUCUGCUUUUCCCAAUAAACGACAGGUACUUUGAGAUGGAUGACGAAGUCCCUAUGGGGACCGACAUCAUGGAUCUAUUCAACUCGGCUAUCGAUCCCUUUUUCAACCAGAUAAUGGACGCCGACUUUCAAAACUAAGACCAGGUUUAUCCUUUAGAAUUUAGAUGGGUUCUUUCUAGAAUAGACGCUAGAUUUGCGGGCGCUUCUCUUCAUGCUUCCCCACGUUACCCCGGUUUACAUGACGUGAAGCUUCAUUAAACAGCGCAAGAUAAUUCGUGUAGUGCUACAUAAACUACCUAGUAGUAAAAGCAAGUGCAGAAAUAGCA